AUGGCCGACACCGAGAUGGACGUCGAUCAGCAGCCCCAGCAAGAAGAGCAAGAGCAGGAACAGGCACAGGAUCAAGGCCGUUCGCCCUCUCCAUCCCAGUCACCCGAAGCCAAGCGCAACGCUCCUACUGGUCCCGAGACACGUACUUCGACUGGAGCUGUGGCUGUUCGUUCCAUCGAAGGCUGGAUCGUCAUGGCCACCAAUGUCCAUGAGGAAGCCAGCGAGGAGGACCUCCAAGAGCUGUUCGGCGACUAUGGCGAGAUCAAGAACCUGCACAUGAACCUCGAUCGCAGAACCGGUUACGUCAAGGGCUACGUCUUGAUCGAAUUCCCCACACUGGACGAGGCAAAGGCUGCCGUCGAAGGCGCCAAUGGCACAAAGUUGCUCGACCAGACCAUCUCUGUCGACUUUGCCUUUGUACGCCCUCCACCUACCAAGAACAACAACAACAACCAGUCGCGCGGUGGCCCUGCUCGUGGUGGAAAGUCCAGAAACAGAAGCAGAAGCCCCGGCGCCCGCAGAGACGACGAUGACGAGGAUAUCGAGUAG